CCCCCUGUUCAGGACAACAGCCGGAGAGGAGACAGGUGUUCACGAGGACAUUGCUGCAACACUGACGCAAGGCAGAUAGCGAGCGAAAGGGCGAGAGGAAGAGGUUCUACUCGUGUUUCGCAAUCAUCAUGGUUUCUGCGCUUGUGAGGGCGGCGGUACGGCGGCCGGCGGCGGCGGCGGCUUCUUCGGCCCGUCGCAGCAUGAGCGGCGACGCCGCGCACGCAGCCGAGGAGAUGGCCAAGUGGAAAAAGAUGACGGCCGGUAUGGGGGUUUUGAGCUUGGCCGUAACCACCGUGGUGCUGGCCACUGAAGAGCACCACCACAGGGACGAAGAUGCCCCGUUGCCGUCGUACAUGAAGAUCCGCAACAAGCCGCACCCGUGGAACUGUGCCGACUGCACGCUGCUCGACUCGGCAUGCUUCGCGAAGUGCAAGGCGGAGCGCGAGGGUUAAAAAAUAACAACGUACGGAAGCGCUCUUCUCCAUCGAUGGAAGGCGCUAACAAGGAGCAAGUUGUAGUUGUUUAAGAGGCGUCACGGGGAGUUUUUCUGCGGCACGCGCUUGCAAACAUCGCGACAACGGAUGCAUAGGUUGUUUUGUGGGGUGUUGAUUUUCUUACGAAAAAGUGGGGGCGGGCGUCGGCGGUGGCCCAUGUUGGGCCCGUUUCAGGUUUGUCGUUUUCACGUACGUGUGGCUACGGGACAAUCCCAGCGUAAUGAUAAUUGCUGCGAACGAGCGACGUGCGGUGUGAGGACAUGAUGAGCAAAACCCGAGAUGCAGGGAGAAGGGGGCCGUCGGACAAGAACACGAAAGCCGGAAGGUGUGUUCGUAUGGUUGGGGGGGGGUUACUGCGUCACCCUCACGCUGGGGGGGGGGCGCUCUUUUGUUUUUCAUGCCUUAGCGGUUAGAGCAUUGACCACGUGUCCCCGAGCGGACGGAGCGUUGUUCCCACAGGACCGAUC